AUGGCGGCGCCGAUGCUGGUGCGCUUCGAGCGCGAGAUCGACCGCGAGAUGGCGGCCGAGCAGCGGGCGCUGCAGCGCGCCAGCAGCGUCGCCACCGAGAGCGCCGACAGCGACGACGACGACGACGACUUCGACGCGCCCGUCGGCCCCGUGCCGCAGAUCGUCACCAACGACCUCAAGAGCCUCGACGAAAUGGUACGGGACCUGGUGGAGCGAUGUUCGUGUCCCGUGCAGUUCCCAAUGAUACGCGUCUCCGAGGGAAAGUACCGCAUUGGUGACACCAAGGUGCUAAUCUUCGUUAGGGUGCUGCGCAGCCACGUGAUGGUCCGCGUGGGCGGCGGCUGGGACACGCUGUCCCACUACCUGGACAAGCACGACCCCUGCCGCUGCAAGACUGCUCAUCGCUCACCUCUGUCGGCGAAACUGAUCCUCAAGCAGACUGGAGCAAUCGAGUUGAACAACGCACUGGUCCACUACGAAAGGUCGCCGCCGCGCACCCGCCGGUCGUCGGCGUCGAGCGUAGGCAGCGGCGGGCCGCCGAGCGCAGCAGUGCCGACGCCGCCCCCGCCGCCCCCGCAGCCGCAGCCGCAGCCGCUGUCGCCCGGCGGCGGGGGCGGCACGGGCCUGCGCUCGCGCUCGCCCACGCCCCGCCGGUCGCUGGCUGCGCCGCGGCCCGCCGCCGGCCGCUCGCGCUCCAGGUCGCCCACCCCCGGCGGCGCCAAGCCGCACGCGCUCGCCCCUGGAGCUGGAGCUGGAGCUGGGGGCGGCUCCGGGCCGCAGCGCAGCAGGGACGCCAGCCCCGGCAAGCCGCUGCAGCGCAAGGACAGGGACCCCAGCCCCGCGGUGGCGCCGGCGCCGGCGCCGGCUUCCGCCCCCACCUCCGCCUCCGCCUCCACAGCCGCCGACGCCCACAACGACUCGGGCUCCGAGGUGUCGGACGAGGGCUACCGCAGCCUGGGCACCGUGGCCGCCGCCAGCUCGCCGCCGGCCCAGGGCGUCGACGACGGCGUCGUCGGGGUCAAGGCGGUCGCCGAAGACUCGGAGGUCGCCGCGGACGAGUCCAAGGACGGCGGCGUCGCGCCCGACGCGCAAGCCUCAGAGCGUCAGGAGCUGAGCCGCCACGCGUCCUCGCCGGACUCGGUGGUGUCCACCUCCGAGGAGGCGGCGACCCCGCGGCAGCAAGAGCCGGAGCCCGCUGCCGCCCCCGCCGCGCCCACCGCCUGCAGCAGCGCCAGCAGCGACAGGGACAGCCGCGACCAGGUGCCGGAGGUGACGCUGUCGCCGCGCCGCAUGGCCUCGCUGCAGGUCAAGCCGCAGUCGCAGUACAGGAGGCCCUCGCAGCAAGAGUCUCCUCAGCAGCAGCAGCCGCAGCAGGCAGCGGCGCCCAUGACGCGCAGCCGGUCGACGUGCGGCGCCGUGGAGUGCGGCUUCAGCGACGCCCCCGCCGAGCUGUUCGCCCCCGCCGCCUCCCGCCGCCAGCAGCAGCAGAGUGGGAGCAAGGGCCGCGCGGCGCCCUCCCCCCACCCCUCCUCCUACAACACGUGGUCCGGCCGGCAGGGCCGCGCCGCGCCCAAGUCUCGCCCGCCGCUCACCGACAACACCUUCAGCCGGUCGUCGGUGCAGCGGCGCAGCCUGGGCGCCUACGGCGGCGGCCGCCCGCACCACAGCAACAACAACUACCAGCACGCCAGCGCCCCCUGCAGCCCGCGCAGGCAGCCGCCGCACGCCGCCGCCGCCGCUGGGGGCGGCAAGGGCUCCCUGCCCGCCUCCCUGUCCGGCUCCCCCACCAAGAUAUCGCCGCUCAUCGAACAGGUGCUGUCCGUGAAGGAGCUGGACAACGACGUGACGGUGCUGAACAAGAUGCGCCAGAUCAUCCGGCAGUACGCCGACCUGGUGGGCGACGCCGCCGACGCGGACGCGGACGCCGGCGCGGCGCGGCCGCCCUCCGAGGAGCUGGACCUGACGUCGGCGUGGGUGCACGGCAACGGCAGCCUCCCGCGCCGCGCCGCCUCCGUGUGCGGGGGCGACCUGGGGGCGGCCGUGGGGCCCAGCCCGCGCAAGGACUCCAAGGGCAGCCGCAUCCCGGCGCCGCUGCCGCUGCAGCUGCCGCUGCCGCUCGUCUCCUACGGCAGCCGCCAGCUCGACAGCUGA